AUGCCUUCAGCCGUAGAAAUGGUCAGUAUCGCUGCCGAUGACACCAGAGUCCUCGGACAGGAUCCUCUGAUCCCUCCCGCUCUUCUCACCUCCGAGAUCCCUCUCCCCGAGAAGGCCACAAACACCGUUGUCAAGGGCCGUCAAGAUGCUGCCGACAUUGUCCUUGGCGAGAGCGACAGACUCCUCGUCGUUGUCGGCCCCUGCUCUAUUCACGACCCUGCCGCCGCCCAGGAAUACGCUUCCAGACUCAAGGAGCUCUCUGACAAGCUCUCCGACGAUCUCUGCAUCGUGAUGCGCGCCUACCUCGAGAAGCCCCGAACAACCGUUGGCUGGAAGGGUCUCAUCAACGAUCCCGAUAUCGACAACUCUUUCAAGAUCAACAAGGGUCUCCGUGUUUCCCGCCAGCUGUUCGUUGACUUGACCAGCAAGGGUCUACCCAUUGCCACCGAGAUGCUCGAUACCAUUUCUCCUCAGUUCCUCGCCGACUGCAUCUCUGUCGGUGCCAUUGGCGCCCGUACUACCGAGUCCCAGCUGCACCGUGAGCUUGCUUCCGGCCUGUCUUUCCCUGUUGGUUUCAAGAACGGCACAGACGGUAGCCUUGGUGUUGCCAUUGACGCUAUUGGCGCUGCUGCUGCUCAGCACCACUUCAUGGGUGUCACAAAGCAAGGCCUUGCUGCUAUUACCCGCACCAAGGGUAACGAGCACUGCUUUGUUAUUCUCCGUGGUGGAACCAAGGGCACAAACUUCGACAAGGAGAGUGUCCAGGCUGCUAAGAAGAUCCUUCAGGAUAAGAAGCAGAAGGAGGCUAUCAUGAUUGAUUGCUCCCACGGUAACUCUUCCAAGAACCACAAGAACCAGCCCAAGGUUGCCAAGGUCGUUGGCGAACAACUUCGUGAGGGCGAGAAGGCCAUCAUUGGUGUUAUGAUCGAGUCCAACAUUGGCGAGGGUAACCAAAAGGUUCCCGCCGAGGGCCCUGCUGCUCUCCAGCGUGGUGUCAGCAUCACUGAUGCUUGCAUCAACUGGGAGGACACAGCCGUUGUGCUCGAGGACUUGGCUGAUGCUGUCCGCACUCGCCGCAAGGUCAACCGCUCUUAG